AUGGAUGAAAAUCAGCCAAUUGUUAAUGAAGAGCCCGAACCAUAUUUGGUUUCCGAAUCGCAAACCAUCAGCGAUGAAUUCGGUAACAUAAAUCAUGUGCCGACUAUCAAAACUUCUUUGCCAACUCGUUGGCAUAGUGUGCUAGCUAUGCUGGAAAGUCUGGCACAUUUUUGUAACAGAGAACCAGUUAAUAACAUGUUGUCAGAGAUAGGAAAGAGUGAUCUAAAAAUUUGUCAAAGGGAGUGGAACCUAUUAGAAGAUCUUGUCAGAUUUCUACGCAAAUUCCGUGAAGUCGUAGAAAUGUUAUCAACACAGAAGGCAGCUUCAUUGAAUUUAGCACUGGUGUUUAAUUUGGAAAUCAGGGAUAUCCUUCAUUCAGUGACAGAUGAAGAAAUGCUUGUAGUGGUUCAGCUCAAUAACAAAAUGCUGGCAAAGUUAGAUAAAAGAUUCCCAAUCACUAAGAAAGUUGUAGUUGCAGCGCUGUUGGAUCCUCGGUUUAUAAGCCUGACUCAAAUAGAUACGUACUUGUAA